CUUUUUACAUACAAAACCACUUUCAAAAAAUCCCCUCUUCAAGGUCACACCCUUCCCAGUUCCCACUAUUCUUCCCAUCACCUUUCUGCAAACAAUCAUGGAAAAAGAAAAACCCGAUUCAUGCGAACCGAAGCAAGAGGAAAAAGCUGCCUCCUCCUGGCCCUCCGCGUCCGUUUCGAAAUACGCCACGAUUAAGCUGACAAUAAACACCAAGAACCAUCAGGUAAUCUAUGCCCAAGGCGGAAGAGAUGUUAUAGAUUUCCUCUUUGAGCUCCUGAGCUCUCCGGUGGCGGCGUUCUGCCGGUUAAUUACCGAGCCACACUUCAUGGGCAACCUCGGAUUCUUCUUCAAAAGCAUCGAGAAACUCUUCGGCCCGUUCAUUGCUCCGGUCAAGACAAAAGGUACGAUUCCGAUAGACAACCCGUUUGUCAAAUCCAAUUUCGAUGUUCCAUGGAUUUGUCUUCCUGAUGAUCCAUUAUCAUCAUCAUCUACAAAAACUUAUUAUCGGUGUGGAAACAGAGGAGAUGGUGACGGAAAAACAGGGCCCGGGAGUUGUGGGCUUUAUUUCAGUGACGGGCCUAGAGCGUUUUGCCCGAAUUGCUUAGAAAUAAUGUCUGCGGAAGCCAUUUAUGUGGCUCCUACUACUUCUGAUCCAGCAAUGGAGAAGAAGCAGGAAAGCGUUCCGAUUCGGGAUGUUUCGAGUUUCAUGAUUUUGGAUAAUUUGGAAAUUCGGCCAUUCUCAACAAUUUCAGCCAUGGCGUUACUGAAGGAGUUGAAGUUGGAGGAUUUGGAUUGCCUUGAAGAAAGAAUCGUGGAUAUAGGAGUCGAUGAGGGAUUGGAUUUGGUGACCACGGCCAUUUCUACUAAAGGGUCCAAAAGAAAUGUUCAUGUUCUUACCAGUGUGUUCUUGAAGAAAACUUCUCGUCCUGAUCGUGAAACAGCAGCUGUUCCUAUGCAAGAAGGUUAA